GAGCCCAGGGCACCGGGGAGCGCGAGCUAUGGCGGCGCGGGCGCCCCCCGGGGACGCCGAGGCCGCCGCCCUGGACGAGCUGUCCCAGAAUUUCACAUACUGGGUCCCCAGUCCGGCUAAUGGCUCCUUGUCGGCAGCGUGGUACCUCAAGAACCAGAUUCACCUUUUUGGAGUGUUGCUGGCUAUUUUAGGAAACUUGGUAAUCAGCAUUUCCCUAAAUAUUCAGAAAUAUUCCCACCUCCGGUUGGCACACCAGGAGAACCCAAAGCCGUACUUCAAGAGUGCCCCGUGGUGGGGUGGAGUGGUGCUGAUGGCCGCAGGAGAGGCAGGAAACUUCGUAGCCUAUGGCUUUGCCCCCAUUACACUCAUUGCUCCAUUAGGCUGCAUGUCUGUCACAGGUAGUGCCCUGAUUUCUGUUAUGUUUCUGAAAGAAAAUUUGAGGGCUUCAGAUAUACUAGGUAUGACAUUGGCAUUUGCAGGAAUAUACUUAUUGGUGAACUUCGCUCCAAAUAUAACUCAGGUUAUCUCUGCAAGAACAAUACAGUAUUACUUUGUUGGCUGGAGGUUCCUUGUCUAUGUGAUUUUAGAAAUAAUAAUUUUCUGCAUUCUCCUAUAUUUUCAUAAAAGAAGAGGAAUGAAGCACAUUGUGAUUCUGGUAACCCUAGUCUCACUUCUAGCCUCAUUGACGGUUAUUUCAGUAAAAGCCGUCGCAGGCAUGAUCACUUUUUCUGUGACGGAUAAAAUGCAACUAACUUAUCCCAUCUUCUAUAUCAUGUUUAUCAUCAUGAUAGCAUCUUGUGUUUUCCAAGUCAAGUUCCUGAAUCAAGCCACAAAACUCUACAAUACCACAAUGGUGGUGCCAGUGAACCACAUUUUCUUCACAACCAGUGCCAUUAUUGCAGGUAUCAUAUUUUAUCAGGAAUUUCUUGGUGCAGCCUUUCUCACAGUACUUAUAUAUAUUUUUGGGUGUUUUCUGUCAUUCCUUGGUGUGGUUUUGGUGACAAGAAAUCGAGAAAGGGACCAUCUGCCACAGUCUUACAUUGAUUUUGGAAAUAUUCCUGGGAAACAAAUGUUGGACAAAAUACAACCCGAUGCAAAUGGCUUAUCCUAUGGAACUAUGCCUGAUGGAAGUGGCUCGACAAAAAGCCCAAGUGGAGAGAAGAAAGAGAUGUAAAAUGCCACCGGAACUGGCUCAUUGGCCCGUGACUGGAUACACCUUUGUUUAAAAAGUACACAUGUUCAGCUUGUGUCAGUGGUUAUUUUAUUCUAACAUGUGCUUGAAUUCAUUUCUGUCUUCACCCCACCUCCGUUUCUGGGACAAUCAGAGUCUUCUUAAGAUCUGACAGUCUCAAUGUUUUCAUGGAAUAUUUGUAGUGUUCCCACACCCUGGACCUCUCCCUGGUAAUCUAGCUAGCUGGAUCUUCAUUACAGCCUGGCUACCCCAGCAGCAGUGUCACACAAAAAUGUGCACGUGCAACUUAGCCACAGAACAGAGACUGUUGCUUUCCUCACAUAGUGUGUCACGUCCAUUGCUUUACAGAGAUGCUUGAUUCCCGCAACCUCAUCUCUGAACCGAAGAUUUGAGAACAUUCAUUUUCCCCGAGAGAACAUUUCUGAACCUCCCCCCAAAGGUUCUUGCAUUUCUGCUCCUAAAUUAGAACGGUAAGUCAUAAUUAGCCCUCUAUAACUAUUGAAGAGUACCCUUUAAAAUUAGACUUUACAAGUGGCAUAAGUGACGAUAGAUAGAUACCCAAAUGAAAAGACCAUGAAUUUUUUUUAAAUAAAGGAAAAAUGUGACGACUAGAACUAAUCUUUAAAAUAAAAAUAAAUAUGAUGACAUUUUCAUCAGCCAUACAAUCCUACUUGAAACUAAAAACUCCAUCUUCUUUGCCUUCUGUAUUUAGAUCUUAUUUAUCAUUGGGUUAGUAUGCUUUAACUUUCAAAUUAAGUCUCAAAAAUUGUAUUUAAAUUCUUAAUAAUCUUAUUACUAAUGUACUAUUUGUUUUCUAAGUCAGUAUCUGAAGUUAUAUAGAUCAUUCAAAAGAAAAGAACAGUAUUAGUGGGAGUCAGGCGGUAGUGCAGCAGGUUAAGUGCAGGUGGCGCAAAGCGCAAGGACUGGCGUUAAGGAUCGAGCCCCCGGCUCCCCACCUGCAGGGGAGUCGCUUCACAGGCAGUGAAGCAGGUCUGCAGGUGUCUUUCUCUCCCCCUCUCUGUCUUCCCCUCCUCUCUCCAUUUCUCUCUGUCCUAUCUAACAACGACAACAUCAAUAACAACAACUACAGCAAUACAAAACAAGGGCAACAAAAGGAAAUAAAUAAUUUUUU